AUGACCACCUCGAACCACAAGAGCAUCAACGCCUACACAUGGGGCUGUGGACUUUUUGCCGCGGUUGGCUCCUUGUUGUAUGGUAUCGAUUCGGGUAUUGUUUCUACAGUCAUAACGCAGCCUACCUUUCUGGAGUACUUUGCUCCAUUUGAUCCGAGCAUCAAGGGUGCGGUGGUCAGUACAUUCGGCGCCGGUUCGGUGUUCGGCGUCUUCUUUGCAGGAUGGAGUGCAGACUUCUUGGGCAAGAAGACUAUUGCUAUUGGCGCGGUCAUUGCCUUGCUUGGUGGUAUCAUCCAAGCCGCUGCAGUUCAUGUCGGCAUGCUCAUAGCUGGGCGCAUCGUUGGUGGUUUCGCAGUCGGAAUUAUGAAUAUGACUAUUCCCAUCUAUAACUCGGAGAUUGCCCCAUCACACAAAAGAGGUCUAAUCGCUGGAUUGCACGCACAAUUCGUCGGCGUUGGAUUCGCCGUGGCUAACUGGGUUGGGUUUGGCUGUUCCUAUGCAACGGGCGAAUUUCAAUGGCGUUUCCAGCUGGCGUUCCAAUGUCUGCCAGCUCUUAUUGUCCUAGCUGGAAUCUUCUGGCUUCCAUACUCGCCUCGUUGGCUUCUUGAGAAAGAACGUGACGAUGAGGCUCUUGCAGUGAUCAGGCGUCUGAACGGGCACAAAGGUCAAGACGAUGCUUUUAUUCAAGCAGAGUUCUAUCAGAUGCGUGAGCAAUUGCGUUUUGAGAAGAGUCAACAUGUGGCUGGAUGGGGAGAACUGUUUACACGGCCCAGCCACCGCAAGCGCCUUAUCCUCGCAGUCCUUGUCCAGGCGUUCACUCAACUCUCGGGUAUCAACGUGAUCAACUACUACCAGACGGACCUGUACAAGGGACUUGGAAUGGUUGGACACAAUGUCACAUUACUUGCAGGUAUCUAUGGACUCGUUGGUCCACUUGCAAACCUCGUGUGUCUGUACUAUGUCGAUUCAUGGGGUCGUAGAAAGACCCUUUGGAUCACUGGUAUCAUCAUGGCGAUGGACAUGGCGCUGGUCAUGGGUCUCUCCGGGGGGUUCAACCACACUGACAACACAGUGGCCAAAGGGUUCACCAUUGCCUUUAUCUUCUGCUUCUCCAUGAUUUACUCGCUUGGAUACAACAGCAUCCACUAUAUUUAUGUCCCCGAGAUCAUGAGCAUGGCGAUCCGCGCCCGUGGUUCGUCCAUCGCCAUCGUGUGCAACGUGCUGAUCAACAUCAUCUUCAAUCAGAUCUCUCCCAUCGCAUUCGCCGAAGUGGAAUACAAAUACUACGCGCUGUUUAUCUGCACGAAUCUUGUUGGCGCAGUGACAGUGUUCUUCUUCUUCCCUGAAACAAAGGGCAAGUCCCUGGAGGAAAUUGGUCGUAUCUUCGGUGAUGAGGUCGUCGUGGGAGACUUGGACGAGGUACGUGAGAAGAUCGAGGCCGCUGAAGGUGAAAUGGCGGAACACAUUGAGGAGCGAAAGUGA